AUGGCAGAAAGCUGCGGGCAGGAGCAGACAAGGUGGAUAACGACGGUCAUUAUGAGCACAGCUCUGCAGGAUCAUGAAAUUUCUACAGUUCUGCAGAGGCAACAACACCGAGUUCGAUAUUCAGAAUCAGUGGAAACUGGAUCUGUGAUUUUUCCUCUUUCUGGCAUUGCAUUUAUACUGGCAGACACUCAAGACUUGCUCAGGACAGGGGAAGAAGAGUUUUCCAAAAGAAUUCAGAAGUUCAUAAACAUCCAUCGGAACAGCUUUUUGGUUUUGUCAGCUGCUCUUCAUGGACCAGAAGAAUGGCGUAUCAUGUUCAGCAUUCAGAGAAGAUUCCUGGGCAGCAAUUUACGUGUAAUACCAGUUCAUAAUCCUGCUGAAACUGUUAAAUUAAUGCUAACUAUGGCUAAGGCAACUUCCAAGCCACAAGCAGAUGAUACUCGUUGCAAAAUAGAAAUGACAAAAGCCCAAAUAAUAGAAAAAAGUCCAGUUUGGAAGAUGCUUCAGGAGUACCAAUCGCACCAUAAUUAACUUACUAUUUGGUU